AUGAAUCCGCGGAUGGCGAGGUCCGCGGGGAGAUGCAGCGGCUUGUCGGCAAUGGCGUUGGCGUUCUCGAGGUACUCGGCAGUGGGCGUGUGGGUGCUGGGGGAGACGCUGCGCAAGGCGUGGGGGGAGGGCUUGGUGCAGCAGAAACAGGGGGAGCUGAGCGACUAUGUGGAGAGGCAUCGCAUGGCGCUGGGCAUGGAGCUGGUCACAUCGGUGCUGGGAGAUCACGGGCAGAGACCAGUGCAUGAUUAUGUGGAGGUGACAGCAGUGACUGACAUGGUUUUGAGGCCCUUAAGAAUAUUCAUUCCUUUCACGGUUUCAACCAUGCACCCCUCUCUCCCUCCAUCCCCCAUGCUUUCUCUCCACACCCGAGCAUACCCUGCCCUUCAACUCUUGCUUGCUCUUACACUCCAAGUGCGCCCCCCUCGUUCUCCCCCCUCCUCUUCCCCUCCUCCACUGAGCACGGGGCGAGGAGGAAUUAAAUGUGACCCCAUCUCCAAGCAGCUGUUUGCAGCGUACAACGCAUUGAGUGAGGAGGGCACGGCCCACUCAGUCGAGGACACUCUCACCAGCAUCGCAGACGUCACCAUUGCAGGCACAGCAUCGCACGAGAAGCUUCAAGGGAACAUCAUGGAGGGGCUGGUGGCGAGGCUGGUGAGCCCAAGGAGCCUGCAGCAAGUCACAGAGCUCAAGGCGGGGCUGCUGGCUGGCCCAGCGCCCAGCUAUCCCGUGGGAGCAGGCACGAGGCUGAGAGAGCUCUUCACUCAACACGACUCCAUGCGCGAGCGCAUCGCCCAUCUGGUGGAGGAGGCAGGAGACGCCAUGUGCAGCACCGGGCAGUGGGGGGAGGGCGUGGCGGGGGGGAGUGGGGGAGAGGACGAGGAAGGAGGCACUGUGGUCGACGGGGAGGAGAGUGAGAGUGCGGGGAGCGCGAAGCAGAAGCGCAGGCAGCAGGAGGAGGAGGAGGAGCGGCAGGUGACUGACUGGAUGAACUCGCUGCUGAGUUGUACUGCAGCAGAUGCUGAGACGAGCAAGCUGCAGGCCAUGCUUCGAGCGGUGAAAGCCGAGAAGCUCAAAGUGCGGUUCAAGUCACACCCCUGGCCCCUCCCCACCUCGCCCUCUCUCCUCGCCCCUGCCUCCUCCCCGUCCUCCUCCUCCACCAUCUUCUCCCCUUCCUCCUCUUCCUCCUCCUUGUCCUCCACGUCCGCACCACACCAGCCAUCCACAGUCCCCCUCUCCCACCAUCUUAUCACAGUGCAUGCCUUCCAAGACGCGGCCUUCCGCAGAUACCAGCAACUGAUGCGCAAGGACCCCAGUCUGUGGCCGCUGUACCGGGGAUUCUUCCUGGAAGCUGCGGUGGUGGAGGUGGAGAAGAGCACGGGGAAGCAGCUAGUAGCAGUGACGGCUGAUGCUGCUGAUGCUGCUGAUGCUGAUGAUUAUGAUGUUGCUGCUGGUGAUGACGGUGUUUCUAGUGCUGCUGUGGAAGAAGGGGGCAGGGAGCAGGUGCCGCAUGUGAUGCUCAAGAUGAAGUUUCUCCCGUACAAGCUGAGGACGUUCCUUAUUCGCAAUGGACUCGGCACGCUGCUGAAGAAGGGGCGCCAUGAGUACAUGGCUUAUGCUACCAGACUGCUCAAGGUGUGGGGCACAUCACCAGAUGCCACCAGGGAGAUGACCGCGCUCUGCCGAGCAUGUGCGGUGAGCAUGGUGCAGUGCGGUGAGCACGGUGCAGUGCGUGCGGUGAGACGGUGCAGUGCGGUGAGCAUGGUGCAGUGCGGUGAGCAUGGUGCAGUGCGUGCGGUGAGACGGUGCAGUGCGGUGAGCAUGGUGCAGUGCGGUGAGCAUGGUGCAGUGCGUGCGGUGAGCAUGGUGCGUGCGGUGAGCAUGGUGCGGUGCGGUGAGCAUGGUGCGUGCGGUGAGCAUGGUGCAGUGCGGGCGGACUAUGUGCUGGGCCCGCCCGCCUCCCCCCGCCCUCCCAAGUCCAUCUCCUUCAUUUCCUACCUCGACUAUGCCGAGCCCUUUCUUACUGCCCACCCACCUCCCUUCCUCCCCUCUUUCUCCCCCUUCCCUUCCCCCAUGUUAUCCCCCCCCCCCCUUAACUUCCCCAGGGCGAACUAUGUGUUAGGUCCCACCUCCACCCCCCGCCCUCCCAAGUCCAUCUCAUCCAACUCGUACCUCGACUAUGCCGAACCUUUCCUUGCUGCCUAUGCCAAGAGGGGAGCAGCACAGGCCAAGGCAGUGGGGGCCGCAUGGGAGGGGGAAGCAGGGGAAGGGGUUGAGGGGACACGUGGGGAGGAGAGUGAGGGGGCGGAAGGUGGAGGGGAGGGGAGGCGGGAGCAGAGCAAGGGGCUGUUGGUGUUCUUCCCGGGGAUUCCUGGGUGUGCCAAGUCUGCUCUCUCGGAGGCCCUUAUGCAGAUGGGCCGAGGCAGUGGGGGUGUUGAUUCAGCGGAGCAGGCAUGGAGAGGCAAAGAGGGCGAGUCGUCUUUGCAGGGAGGGAGACGCAGUGGAGCUGAUCUAGCUGUACAGGUGGAGGGAGGUAGCCAGAGCGGUGCAGUGCGAGAGGGAGGGGUGAACGGAGGACAUGAGGGGCAGGGAGGAACCUGCAAGUACUGGAAGGUGUUGGGGGCGCGUAUGAGGAAGGAGAGGGGGGCGAGUGUGAACGUGCUGGCGGAUAAGAACGCGCCUAACGAGGACGUGUGGAACCAGAUAGAAGCCAUUUGCCACGACACAGGGCUGAUAGGCGUGCCUGUUGUGCCUGCCUCACUAGGCACGCUGCACAACCCCUUUGACUGGCGAGUGCUGGCUGUGUUUCUGUUCCGCGUGAUUCAGCGCACCAACCACCCCGUGGGACCCCUUCCCCAUUCCGAACCUCCUCACAAGAACUUCUAUGUCUGUCAUUCAGGAAUGUAG